AUGGCCCUCCCAAACCUCGAGGCACAACUCAAGACAGUCAGCGAAGCCGCCCAAAACUUUGUAGACUCGUACUACGAAGCCCUCAACAAGCGCCGCGACACCUCCGCCUUCUACGCAACCACGUCCCCAAAACUCACCGCCGCCGGCGUCGUGCCCGACAUCAGCAUAAACGGCCACGUGCUGGGGCCCGACGCCAAGACGGCGCGGGACCUGCUCGUCGACUCCAGGGGGCCCAACGUGCACUACGAGGUCGGCAGCUUCGACGCGCACCCGGUCAACGUCAACUACGCGGUCGGCGCGGACGCCGUCAACAACACGGGCAGCAACCUCUCGUCGCGGAACGAGAGGAUCAGCUUCGCCGUCCAGGUCAGCGGCGCGGUCAAGUACGGCAAGAGCGGCGAGGACGGGUUCCUCGAGCAGGCGUUCACCGAGGCCUGGCUGCUCGUGCCGCACUGGGAGGCUCAAGGGCCCAAGGCGCCGAGGGGCUUGAGGCGGUGGGUGGUCGUUAGCCAGAACUUCCGGGCGUUGUGA